AUGAUGCUGAGGAGGCUGAGAUUGGUUUUGAGACCUUGGUUGCUUCAAUCAGCUUUUACAGAGAUUGAGAUCGCUAAGAUGAAGGUUGGAAAUGUCGUUUUCUCAUUGGCGGAAAAAAAAGGUAAUGAUAUGGCUUCUCCUUGGCGAUGGCAGAUGUUAAUCGGACGCAAAUGUUUAAAACUUGGUGGUGAUUCUCGUGGUGGAGCCCCGACAAGCUAUCGACAUCCUUGGAAGACAAUAUAUUGUUACAUCUUCGGCAUCUCAUACCAGUGGUGCCAGAAGAAGCGAAACCCAAUAACUUCAGGCAAUGGUUCCAAUAACCAUUCCUUGAAGGAUAAAACAAAGACUCCAAGUUCAGACACAGAUAGAAAUGAAUUACCUUGUGUUGCAGCAACUUUCCUCAAAAUCCGUACUCCGAAAAUGAAGAAAGCUCGUAAAGCUGAGAAUAUGCAUCUCAAAUCUCGUAAACCUGAAUUUCUCUUCAUAUUUUUAUUCUUAUACACCCUUCCUAUGGGGUUACUUGUUCAUUUUACCAUGGCUGCAGCAAUUGAUGAUGGUAACAUCCAUUUCAAUUUGACUGAUUUCACCCCAAAUAUGCCUCACAUACAGUUUGAAGCUGAUACAACCGCAUCAGGUGGCCAAAUCCAACUCACCACCAACCAGAGAAACAAGCCUUUAAACGUGGAAUUUGAUAUGUAUCCCAAUGUAUAUGAUCCUCCGGGGUUAGAUCACGUGGCCAUGGAUCUCAACUCUAUCAGGACUUCUUUUUACCCUGUCCAAUGGACGUGGAGUGGCAUUGAACAUGGAGGAAAUGUUGAUGCUUUCAUCACUUACAACUCUAGUACAAAAAACCUGAGUGUCUUUUUACUUGGUGCUGAGGACUUUAAUCGUCUAAAUUCAUCUAAUCUUUCUGCAACAUUGGAUCUUAGUCAAUAUUUGCCAGAAUGGGUCACUUUUGGCUUCUCCGUAUCCACUGGAUCUAGCAUUGAGCUACACACUAUUUAUUCCUGGAGUUUCAGCUCCAACUUACAAGUUUCCAUGAAUAAAACCAUCAAUCUUCCAAAUGUACCACCAAUCCCUCCAUUCGACCCCAGAAGGAAGAAACAGACAUGGCUACGGGUAGUUCUAGCCAUUGUUGGUUGCAUUUCUACUUUGCUCCUAGUUCUAAGUCUGGUUUGGCUUUUCUGUAGGAGGAGAAAGUACAGAAGGAUGAGGGAAGAUGGGACCAUUUCUUUCAACGUAGACGUGGAAAUGGUGACAGCACCUAGGAAGUUUUCCUACAAGGAACUCAGGCUUGCAACCAAUAAUUUUGCCGAUGAAGGUCUCCUUGGAGAGGGAGGUUUUGGAAAAGUUUAUUUAGGAUUCUUGAGGGACAUCAAUUCCAAUAUUGCUGUCAAAAGGAUAACUCCAAAUUCUCAACAAGGGGUGAAAGAGUACGAAUCCGAAAUUACCACUAUUAUCAAAUUGAGGCACAGGAAUUUGGUCCAACUCAUCGGUUGAUGCCAUGACAAUAAGGAGUUCCUCAUUGUGUAUGAGUUCCUUCCAAAUAGGAGUCACGAUUACCAUCUACAUAAAGAACCGUGCUUGUUGACAUGGGAUACAAGGUAUAAAAUCGCCAUGGGAGUGGCCUCAGCGUUGUUUUAUCUGCAAGAAGAAUGUGAUCGAUGCGUGCUGCAUCGAGACAUCAAGUCAAGUAAUGUUCUGCUAGAUUUUAGUUUCAAUGCCAAGCUUGGUGACUUUGGGCUGGCUAGGCUUGUUGACCACGGACAAGGGUCUCAAACAACAAAAUUGAUCCUUGGAACUGAUGGUUAUAUAGCACCCGAGUGUCUUGACACAUACAAAGCCAUUAAGGAAUCCGAUAUAUACAGCUUUGGUAUUGUUGCCUUAGAAAUAGCCUCCGGAAAGAAGGCCGUAGCUGUAAUUGAAAGGAAUGGCAAGAGAUUCAAGACAAAACUGGUGGAAUGGGUUUGGGAAUUGUAUAGGGAAGAGCGUCUUUUGGAUGCUGCUGACCCAAGAUUGUCUGGAAACUACGACACGGAACAAAUGGAACGGUUGCUGUUAGUUGGGCUGGCUUGUGCUCACCCAAACUAUUUUGACCGCCCAUCCAUAACGAAGGCUAUUGAAAUCCUUGGUUCCAAAGCCCCACUGCCCAGUUUACCACGCGAGAUGCCGGUUCCAAUAUACAUUGCAGCUCUGCAAGACAACAUCGUUACAUCUUCAGCAUCCACUUCAUCCUAUACCAGUGCCUCCAACAGAAGCCAAACUCAAAGUUCAGGCACUGCGUCAAGUAUCCAUUCCUUUAAGGAUUAAACAAUGGCUCCAGGUUACGAGACGGAAGCCAAGCAGUGAAUUCUUGGCAGUUGGUAGUUGAACCUUCUUUUGUUGUAUAUUUGGCUUCUUGUUUUCUAGUUUUGAUGCUUUGUUAUAUCCAUGGUUAAUGGUUUCCGCACCUUGUGUUUUGUUCUAUUGAUUGGGUAUAUACGAAUAUCAUUCUAUUUAAAGA